AGGAAUGGCGUUAAGAAGACGAGUUCUUCCCAUCAAUGCAAUCCGGAAAGAAGCUCUUUGUAUUACAUUUAUCAUGCUGUGCAGGAAAAAGUGAAGGCCAGAGUUGCGAAAAAGAUCCUUAGAACCAAACAAAUUUCACUACAGUAUCACAUUAUUAAUUUUUAAUCCUUAUUUAUUUAUCGACAUUUUCGCCAGGAGCGAGUCGUCCAAGCGGUUUUUUUUUUCAAACUCGGCACACUGGAAUGCAAAUGAGGUCACGCGCGCGAGGCCCGCGGAAAGAUGGGUUUUAUUAUCGCGCGGCCCGCGAGCCACGCGCCCGGCUCGAGCAGCCGUAAGCGGGCGGGGCAGCCCUCAAAAAAGGGGCGGGGCACACGGAACGCGUGUUGAAAUAGAGACUCGGAGCCAAAGUUCUCUUCAGAUCGGGCGAUGGAAAGAAGGCUCGAGAGAAGCCUUUCUUCUUGAAGUAGAACUGUUCCCGUCACACUUCUCAGAGGAGAUGGCCAGCAGCGCUGUGACGGCCACGCGCACCGUACAAGGAGUGUAUCCCUUCGGACUCUCGCAGCACUGCGCCAAAAUCGCGCUGCAGGGCGCGCGGGAGGAGGGCGGCGUCACGCACAGCGCCGGACACCGGAGCGAGAGCGCGGUGCUGAACAGACAGCGCCCCGGAUCUCCGCAGCUGCUCCGCUGCAAGAGGAGGCUCACCUUCGCCGGACUCCGCUUCGACGUAACCCCCCAGCAGCAGCCGCUCGCGGUGGCGCGCCGAAACGAGCGCGAGAGGAACCGCGUCCGGCAGGUCAACAUGGGCUUCCAGACCCUGCGGCAGCACGUGCCGAGCGGCGCCGCCAGCCGGAAGAUGAGCAAAGUGGAGACGCUGCGCUCGGCGGUGGAGUACAUCCGCGCGCUGCAGCGGCUCCUGGACGCGCACGACGCCGUGAGCGCGGCGCUCCAGCGCGGGGCGCCCUCCCCGGCGCUGUCCAGCAGCCUCUCGGCCGAGCCCGAGUCGCCGCACUCCACGUGCUCCUCGGAGGGGACGAGCUACGAGCCGCUGGGCUGCGAGGACCACGAGCUGCUGGACUUCACCACGUGGUUCGAUGGAUAUUAACUGAGCAGCUUCGGACUGUGUAGCAGCAGAAGGUCCAAGAUGAACUAAGUCCCAAGAGUUGGUGCAGGAGAAGCGGAGUACUCCUCCUUGGAACUGUUGACAAGACAUGUAAGGAAGGGUCAAAAGGCUUGUGCCCGAUGGAGCAGCCAGAAGGGUCAACUGCGUGUGACCACAGUGGGGAUGGCAGGACGAGGAGGUGGUGCAGAACAUUUGGAGUGGACAGGACUGCUCUUUGGAAGUGCAGUUACGUAAAGGGAGCUGCCACUGCUGCGAGUCUUGGUAGCAGAGUGAUAUGGGACAAGAAGGAUGCUGCAGCGAUGAGAAGCGCUGGCCAAACAGUCUGCUUUGGUGGAGGACUCUAUAUAUAUAUAUAGAAACAUAUAUAUAUAUAUGUUUUAAACUAAUGCAGUUUUAUAUGAUUGCAUUUGUAUUAUACGUCAGACCCAACAGUGAGAGGAACCUCUACCUAUUUUUGUAUGUGACAACUUGUCAUUUGGGUACAACUGGCACUGCCACUUUUUCACUCUGAUUAAAUUGUAAAAUGACA